AUGGUUGCAUUCUGUUCUCCUCAGUUCUCAUACUCAAACAUGGGAUGGCUCUUACACGAGUUAGAGCCUGCAGAGUCCUUAAACAUUAGCCAUAACGAGAAGAGCUAUGCAAAUGAUUUAGAGUACUCUUUACCUCAAUAUCAUCAAUUCUCUUCGCUGAAGCAACAACAAGUUGAAAUUCAAACGCCACCACCUUCGCCUAAGCUUAUGGUGAAGAAGCUUAACCACAAUGCUAGUGAACGUGACCGCCGCAAAAAGAUCAAUAGCUUGAUUUCUUCACUUCGUUCACUUCUUCCCAAUGAAGAUCAAACGAAAAAAAUGAGCAUUCCAGUAACAAUUUCAAGAGUCUUAAAAUACAUACCGGAAUUACAAAAGCAUGUGGAAGGAUUAACUAAGAAAAAAGAAGAGCUUCUAUCAAGAAUUUCUAGGCAAGAAUAUGCAGUCAACAAAGAAUCACAAAGGAAAAUAGUUCCUAAUAAUUACAAUUCUUCUUUUGUAGUUUCAACAAGUAGGCUUAAUGAUAGUGAGAUUGCUGUUCAUAUUUCAUCUUAUGAAGCUUACAAAAAGAUUCCAAUAUCUGAGAUUUUGAUGUGUUUAGAAGAUAAUGGACUUUUUCUACUAAAUUCUUCUUCUUCUAAAACCUUUGGAGGGAGGCUCUUUUAUAACUUGCAUUUUCAGGUGGAUAAAACUCAAAGAUUAGAGUGUGAUGAUCUUAUUCAGAAGCUUUCGUCAGUGUAUGAGAGGCAGCGAAGUAAUCAAGUAGUGCUGGGGGCUAAAGAUCAUACGAUCAGGAGUGUUAUGAUAUAUUAA